AAAGUUUCACCCAAGGCUUUAAUCGGUUGUGAAUUGUUGAAUGUGGAAGAUAUAAGCUUUUUAUUUAAUGUACAUUCACGUUUUUUUUAACGUAUAUAAAAUGGAUUUAUAACUUAAUAGUGGUUGUGUAUGUCUAUUUAAUUUCGAAAACAUUGAAAAUCACCGGAUAAUGUCUAAUGAGUUAAAUAUUUAAAUUCAUUAUUAAUGCAAAAGUGGUCAAAAAACGAAACAAAAAACACAAAAGUUUGACUUCAUGUUUACUGCGAACAUUUAUAAUCCAUAACUUAUUUAAUUUACAUAUGUAAUAACGGCUCUAUCGUGUGCAAUAUACAUAUAUGAAAGUCUAGAGAUGAUACGGUUCGCAGUCAUGGUAGCCUUUCUGGUUUAUACAAGACGGUGUAAAUUCAUUAGCCGGUCGGCGCUAACAUUAAUGCUACUGUGCAUGGGAAUCAUCAUGCACCUUGAUAUGUUACCGGGAGCACUUGCCGUCAGCAAUAGUGCUGGUAGUGCUGCGCGCCCGUUUACAGGAAAUGGAAAUAUUAAUCCGCGAUUACCUCGUACAAGUGCCAGUCAACUUAAUAGUGGCAGCAGCGCCACCACAAGUUUCAAGCUUGCCACAAAAUCAUUAAAUACGACUCGAAAUGGAAACCUGCGAACAAGAGAGCAACAAUUACUGAAUAUAUUUGAAAUUAUUAUAACCACACUUGAAGGAAAGUUAAAACGUAUUGAUAACUUAGAUAAAACAGUGGAACUUAUGAUGAAUCACAUGGAUACGUUGGAUAGUAGAGUGGCUGAUAAUAUCGGAAAAAGUGAAUUGAUUAUAUCUAAGCUUCACAGCUUGGAGGCCCACAUUGUUCAAGAUGCUCCCGCAAUACAAGUUACUCGUUCGGAUAGUGACAAACAAAAAACACAACCUAUAAAUUCUUCAAAUAAUAUCCUUGAGAAUCGAUUAGUACAGUUGGACCAAAAAGUAACUAAUAUUGAUAUAAAACUAGAGGUUCUAAAAUCACAAAUAGAUAAUAACUUUUUACAAGGAGAAGAUUUUAACGCCGAGGCUAGUGAGAAAAAGCCUAUAUCAAUGAAUGUAAUUGAUAUAACAAAGGCUUUAAACCCAGAAGCGAUGAUUCAUGUAUCAGAAGAAUUAAGCGAGCUUCGUGAUUCAACAGACAGUAUUGACAAGAAGUUACAAUUUCACAUAAACAUUGUGUCAGAAAAUAUUGGUCGAAUGGUUCGAAUGAUACACGAUAUUCACUAUGCUGUGGUAGAUCAUCACGAUCAAGUAAAUUCAUUUAAUAGCACCACAACUGCGCCACCACCCAUCAAGUCAAGUAAAAUUGAUGCGUUAGUUAAGCAAAUACGGCCUAUGGUCUCAGUAUCUGAAAAAAUGGACGAAGUUUGGGACGUCGUGGUAGGCACAAAAUCUACAGUUGAUCAUCUUUUACCAAAGUCUGAUGCCCUUUUGACACAAACACAACGACAAGAACGGGCCAUUGAUGAAAUUCACCAAGAUCUAAAAACUAAAACAAAUUUAAUUAUUAACAACUUAGAUAUGGUCGAAAAGCGUUUAAAAAAACAAGAGAAUGACGUGCAAAUACUGGCAACACGUCCAGGUCCAACAGAACUUUUAAUGGACCCAACCAUUAAUCGAUUGGUGGAAUAUGACUCAAGCAAAUAUUCAAUAAUAGAUGACAAUUUUACAGAGGUUAACACGCCAUUGCCUCCAAUAUUGUCUUCUAUACCACUGUCUGUAACGACAUCUCCAUCAUCUUCCCAAUCACCAACAACUACAUCUACUGGGGAUGUAGUAACAAGUGAUGUACCAAUAUUGUCAACGAGUACCAACAUAAGCAAUAUUAUUGGUUCUAUGAUUAAUGGAACACUUUCCGCUUCGACAAGUUCCUUUAGCCCAGUUCCUACGAAAUCAACUAUUCGAAAAGGGGGCAUUAUUUUUCCCAGCGUUAAAAAUAAGCCAGCUGUUAUAAACAACACAUUUACCAAUGAUAUUUUAACACUUAAGGAUAUCAGAGGAUUCUCCUGUGUGGACUUAUUGAAUGCCGGAAUGAAAAGUUCUGGAGUUUUUUACCUACAAAUUCGAGGCACAACAUAUUGGUUUUUGAAAGUUUACUGUGAACAGGACAUUUCUGAUGGAGGCUGGACGGUAAUUCAAAGACGUGAUGACUUUGGAGAGCCACGGGAAAAUUUUAAUAGAGAUUGGGCAGAUUACAAAAAUGGAUUUGGUGAACCAGCAAAGGAGUUUUGGUUGGGAAAUGAAAAUAUUUAUAUGUUGACAAACAAUGAGGAGUACACUCUUAGAGUAGAGUUAGAAGACUUUGAAGGUAACAAACGAUAUGCCCAGUAUUCUCACUUUAAAAUACACUCAGAGGCGGAUUACUAUAAGCUUGAAAUCGAUGGAUAUGAAGGAAACGCAGGGGACUCGCUUAACGAUCCAUGGUAUGGAUCAAAUAAUAGUCCGUUUUCCACAUACAAUAAAGACAAUGAUCGAAGCUCGCUCAACUGCGCAAGCAUGUUAAAGGGUGGCUGGUGGUGGAAGUCCUGUGGCCGUGGAUUAAAUGGACUAUACCUUCAUGAUCCGCAAGACUUAACUGCUCGUCAGGGAAUAGUAUGGUUUCGUUGGCGAGGCUGGGAUUACACACUAAAAAAGGCAACGAUGAUGAUUCGUCCCCGGGCACCGCAACCACAGUCAAUUCUGGUAACUUCUGUUUAAGUAAUUGAAGAAUUUACUCUCCAAAUUGUUGUGUUAAAAAUAUUUUAACUUAUUUUUAAUUCUUUACUGUAGAUUAAUUAGUUGAAGUAAUUUAUCUAUUAGAUAAUUUUCAUAUGUACAGCUCAUGUUCUAAAUUGGACAUCUACUAUCAUAGAACAUUCUAGCUAGCUAAAAAAAGGAAAUGUAUACAGAUAUACUCGUAUAUUUACAAUAUAAUAACCAUCACGCACAAAUCUAAAAUGAAAUUAUAGAAAAAUAAAUAAAAAUAA